AUGAACAUUGAUGCAAAAAUCCUCAACAAAAUACUUGCAAACCAAAUUCAGCAGCACAUCGAAAACCUAAUCCAUGAUGCUCAAGUAGGCUUCAUCCCUAGGGUGCAAGUACUGGAAGUCCUAGCCAGAGCAAUCAGACAAGAGGAAGAAAUAAAGGGCAUUCAAAUCCGUAAAAAGGAGGUCAAACUGUCACUGUUUGCUGAUGAUAUGAUCGUAUACCUAGAAAGCCCUAAAGACUCAUCCAAAAAGCUCCUAGAACUGUUCUCUCAGGCUUUCCAGAGCUCAGGACCUCUGAGAAGAAGGGAGCCCUCCUGGCUUCGGGAACUCAUGGCUCAACCCUUCUUGCUGAUGAUCCUCCUCUGCAUGUCUCUGCUGCUGUUUCAGGUAAUCAGGUUGUACCAGAGGAGGAGAUGGACGAUCAGAGCCAUGCACCUGUUUCCUGCACCCCCUGUGCACUGGUUCUAUGGCCACAAGGAGUUUUACCCAGUAAAAGAGUUUGAGGUGUAUCCUGAGCUGAUGGAAAAAUACCCAUGUGCCGUUCCCUUGUGGGUUGGACCCUUUACGAUGUUCUUCAAUAUCCAUGACCCAGACUAUGUCAAGAUUCUCCUGAAAAGACAAGAUCCCAAAAGUGCUGUUAGCCACAAAAUCCUUGAAUCCUGGGUUGGUCGAGGACUUGUGACCCUGGAUGGUUCUAAAUGGAAAAAGCACCGCCAGAUUGUGAAACCUGGCUUCAACAUCAGCAUUCUGAAAAUAUUCAUCACCAUGAUGUCUGAGAGUGUUCGGAUGAUGCUGAACAAAUGGGAGGAACACAUUGCCCAAAACUCACGUCUGGAGCUCUUUCAACAUGUCUCCCUGAUGACCCUGGACAGCAUCAUGAAGUGUGCCUUCAGCCACCAGGGCAGCAUCCAGCUGGACAGUACCCUGGACUCAUACCUGAAAGCAGUGUUCAACCUUAGCAAAAUCUCCAACCAGCGCAUGAACAAUUUUCUACAUCACAACGACCUGGUUUUCAAAUUCAGCUCUCAAGGCCAAAUCUUUUCUAAAUUUAACCAAGAACUUCAUCAGUUCACAGAGAAAGUAAUCCAGGACCGGAAGGAGUCUCUUAAGGAUAAGCUAAAACAAGAUACUACUCAGAAAAGGCGCUGGGAUUUUCUGGACAUACUUUUGAGUGCCGAAAGUGAAAACACCAAAGACUUCUCUGAAGCAGAUCUCCAGGCUGAAGUGAAAACGUUCAUGUUUGCAGGACAUGACACCACAUCCAGUGCUAUCUUCUGGAUCUUUUACUGCUUGGCAAAGUACCCUGAGCAUCAGCAGAGACGCCGAGAUGAAAUCAGGGAACUCCUAGGGGAUGGGUCUUCUAUUACCUGGGAACACCUGAGCCAGAUGCCUUACACCACGAUGUGCAUCAAGGAAUGCCUCCGCCUCUACGCACCGGUAGUAAACAUUUCCGGUUACUCGACAAACCCAUUACCUUUCCAGAUGGACGCUCCUUACCUGCAGACUCUGUGGAACCUAGGGCCAUUCUUAUUUCCCAGAGUGGGAGAAAGAGGAGAGAGCUCUCAGGACUAUCUAAACAGGCACAGGAUUAUCCAGGUGCAAAGGUCCUUUCUGUUUCAUGUUCCUUUCACUUUCCUGAUCUUCUGGCUUUUGCGGCUGCUGCGGGUAACUUUCUGGGCUUCAGACAAUUCUGUUGAGAUCCGCAUGGAUGUUGGUGGAAGAGCUGGCUCCACCCGGCUGACUCAGUUUUAG